AACGUGCUCUUCACAUCAUUCUUCUUCAACAAUUCUCUCCAAAUAGUCAUGAUACGAAAUUUCAGAUAAAUUUACUACAAAAAUUUCCCAAUUCACUUCUUAUUUGUGUUAGAUUGGACCGAACUCCUAUAAACUUGAAGUAAUGAAGGAUCUUAGAUUAUGUUCUGUUCAUUCUUUAUACUGCUUAUGCUUUAUAGUUUUAGUUAUUGUAAUACAGGCACUUGAGUCUGCAUCAGUUACUGUACCCAGUUCCAGCUGCUAUGCUCUUGAUAAUUCCAGUCGUCUUGUAGAUUUUAGCAGCUGGAUCGGACAGCCGUUCGAGUACGAAGGAAAGGAUAAUACUGACUUAGUGGUUCAAUUUUGCAAAGACGUUCAGAAACGAUCACAAACGGGGUAUGUGGAUUUUGGCCGAUUUAAUAAGUUCAACUAUUUUACUGCUGGUUCAGGACAUGCUAAUUUUAUUCAAGAGUUUUACAAUGGUGACCUGGCCAAUUGUGAGCUUACUUAUGACAAACUAGGACGUACUGCUCGGGUGAAUGUCAUAUGUGGAAAUUGUUUAAAUGGACAAUGCAAAGGUGGACGUGGAUGUGUAUGCAAUGUCACAUAUGAGUCAGAUUGCAGAGUUGUCAUUGACCUUGCUAUUCCAUGUGAGAAACCGGGUCCACGGGUAUUUGAGGGCUUCACUGUUGGAUUGCAUCCACGAUCAUGGGAAAUUGUUUAUAAUGGCAUGACUCAACUGGGCUUUGAAAAAUCUCAUCAGGAUUAUAGCUUUAGCACUGAACAAACCCAUGUUACCCUUUAUAUGACUGCAGUUGCUUCCGUUUCUACUUUGGUUCGAAAAUCCAUUGUUCAGGUUCUUCCUGAGAAAGGCUUAGAGGUUAGAUUGUCAGGCUCAGGUGCAACCGGGAGUCCUCCUACAACUUUAUCUCCGACAAUGUUAAUUGUGGAUUGGAGAUGUCAGGAGGUCCGUGAUACACCAUAUGAAGUUAAUAUCACAAUCCCAAUAGAAGGAUAUGAGCCUGUUCAAUUCUUUCUCGCAAAAGUGUGUGCGCACAAGCAGGAUCAAGGGGAAGACUUUAAGCAAGGAUGGGCUAUAUUUGGGGUCUUAUCUUGCGUGUUUUUUGUCUCGUCUACGCUUUUUUGUUGUGCGGGGUUUAUAUACAAGACGCGAGUGGAACACCUGCGAGGAAUUGAUGCGUUGCCAGGCAUGACAAUAGUAUCUGCGUGCUUGGAAAUAGCAAGUGGAGAAGGAAAUGGGUACACGCGAGCAGAAGACCUCAACAGCGGCUACUCAAGAGCAGAAGCCUCUUGGGAGCAAUCAUCUUCUUCGGUUCAAGGAACACCAAAACCAAGUGAGAAGAAUUAUGGGUCGAUUUAAAUUUAUGCAGCUAAAGCUCUAGGAGAUUUUAUAUCUCAGAAGUUUGUGAAUGGAAAGAGUUCAUUUGGUAAAAGGAAGUGGGGAAUGACUAAAUUCGGGUUAUGGGCACCGUGAAAGAUAUGCUUUUCUGAUAGUCUGAAAUGAAAUGAUAAAUGGUGAUUGCAGUGCGAAUAAGUAAUGUAGAGCAAGAAAUAUAUGGCAUGUUAAGGAAUAGAAUUGUAAGUGGGGGAAUCAUAGAAUUACAAAGUUGCUGAUUUAGGAGAUAUGCCUUUAUAGUGGACCACUAUGCACAUUGCCAUGAAAACUUAUGGCUUUAUGACAAGUUGGAGAUAUGCUUAACUAAUUUCAGUAGGGGGUGUGCAGGAUUCAUUUAUAACUGGAUUAACAUAUUUAAUCAAACUGAAUUGACUGAACCGAAAAAUUUGAAUGAGUUUUGGUUUGAGAUUCGAA